CUUGCUCAGUCAGGUCAGGAUUCCUUUACUUUUCCCAUUAUUGUUUACUUUUGGCUUGUUGAUCUUGGAUCUUGAAUAGAAAUCCCAUCGCUUCUCAAUUGCUGAGACGGUCCGAUCUCAUCGCCCGCUAAAGCACCGCCGACGCCCUGAAUUAGUACGCUAUAAGUCCCACACCACCAACUGAGGACGGCCCCUUCCCGCACCACCAUCGUUCGGCCAACAAAAUGACAGCCAUGGCCGACACUUCCAUUAGCAGCAACCCGAACGGCUCAGGCACCAAGGAAAGACAGCGAGCUUGUGCCUACUGCAACAAGUCCAAAACGAAGUGCAUUUGGCCUGGUGAACCGGGCGUCGGCGCGUGUCGACGAUGCACCCGCUUGCGCCGUCGUCCCUGCACUGUCCCCCACCACGGCGAAAGACGACGACGCGGACCAUCCACUCGAGUCGGCCAACUGGAGGAAAAGAUUGACGGCCUCGUUUCACUCCUCAACGCUUCAAGGCAAAUUCAACAACAGUCUUCGGCACCAGAAUCGGCUUCUACAUCUGAACACCCUGCCUCCAGUCAUGAUACGCCAGAAAACCCAUCCUUUGGUCAACAGCCAACACCGGCGACAUCAACCCAGCAACAUUCAUCGGCCUCGGAAGCUUUUUGUAUACUCCCCAUGAGCUGUACUCAGGAUUGCCUUCCUCCGAACCAUAACGCCCUUAAGACUCCGACCUCUACUGUCCAGAGUUCCUCUCCAGGGUCCGAGCCUACAAAGAGCUACAUACCGCCAACGGCAUGUAUCGAUAUCAUUCCACAACCAUACGGCUACCUGCGCAUAACCAUGUGUGAAGCAGAACGCUUGCUCAAGUUGUACCAAACCGACUAUCAUCCUCGAUUCCCGUUUGUGCCUAUCCCACGAAAUACAACAGCGCAGGACCUGUUUCAAAGGCAGCCAUUCUUAUUUCGGACCAUCAUUCAGAUCGUUGCCCCUCAGAGCGCCGCUUUGCAACGUGGUAUCAUUGCUUGGUUUCGUGAGUACAUUGCAACCCAUAUCGUCGUCAAACAGGAGAAGCGAUUGGACCUGCUACAAGCCAUAUUGCUGUUCAUUGCAUGGAGCGAAUCUCAUUACUAUGCCGAAUCAUGGGUGACAACCUUACACCAGCUAGCAGUCGGGCUUGUGGUAGAUCUGGGCCUCAACAGCCACAUACCCUCUAAGCACGUCGCCAAUGGUGUAAACCAGUUUGUGGAAGAGUCUAGAUGUCGUAACGGCUUCCGGGGACGGCCGCCUCAUACACUGGAGGAUAUGCGGACCUAUCUCGGAUGCUUCUAUGUCAGUUCACUCACUGCUGCCUUAUUUCGACAUAUCCCCAUGAUGCCCUGCUCCAGCUACAUAUCCUUCUGCUGUGACAAGAUCGAAGCCGAGCAAGAGUACAUUGAGGACACGUACCUUGUGGUCCUCAUUAGAAUGCAACUUAUUGUUUGUAGGAUCCUUGCGGUUUUCCCGGCUCCUGAUUCGGAUGGGAGCGGCACUACGACCUUCUCCGCAGCCGCACAUAUGGCUAUGACAACUCUACGUGCCGAUCUAGAGGAUCUCAAGAUGCAAGCACCAAACAACAUUCGAGAUAAUUUGUCCUUUGAUAUUGCCUUCAAAGGCAUACUCGCCAGGCUAUACGAACCCGCGAUAUAUAUGGCAUCAUCGUCAGUCUCUCCUCUUGACGGCAUCCGAAAGUCAGAAGCAAUGUGGUGCUGCCUGAAUGCUGCCAAGGCAACUUUGGAUGCAUACGCCUCCAUCCCCGUGGCCGACCUUAGCUAUCUACCCUUCAACACCUACUGCCACAUGACAUUCUCCCUGAUUCCCGCCACACGCCUGAUUUUCUUACAAGAUCCGGAUUGGAAUAACAAGCUCGCCGGCGAGAGCCUUGACUUUGCCGGCAUAACGCAACGCCUUAGUGACCGGUGUGAUCAGGCGGACAACGUGGCCAUUGCAGAAGAAUGGCGGCGAAAGCGCAAAUACGUCACUGACACUCUGUCAGUGAUGUCCAUGCACCGCGACAAGCUCCGAUGGAUUCGUUCGUGGUAUCUCUCCAAGAUUGCAGCGCCGAAUUCUGCCGCUACUGGGAAUCAUCCGCCGAUGCACCACUCGGGUUCACAAUACCAAGGACAAACAAUGCCAGCUACUGAGAUGAUCGCAGACCCCGGGAACCCCGCGCCGGUUGAGGCACUGUCGCCGGUGUCAUUCCUAGGCGACGAAUGGUGGCAAGCAAUGCUGGAUGAUAUGAGCUUUCUUCAGCCGUAGGACGCCCAGAAUGAUAAUGUGGCUGAUGCUGCAGGCUACCAUUGUUAUA